AUGGCCGCGCCAUUCAAGGUCAAGGCCAUCUACGAGUACUCAUCGCCUCAUGAGGAUGACCUCAACUUUGCUAUUGGACAGGUCAUCACCGUCAACGAAGAGGAGGACGCUGACUGGUAUGGCGGGGAAUAUCUCGACGACCAAGGCGUGAAGCACGAGGGUAUAUUCCCUCGAAACUUUGUCGAGAAGUUUGAGCCUACCGCGCCGCCUCGUCCAGCUCGAACUCGCACCAAGAAGGAGCCCGAAGCUACUCAGCCAGCCGAAGAUAUCACUUCUCCUCCACCGCCACCUGUUCAGCAAGCGCCACCUCCAGUACCCGCGCCCGAGCCCGAGCCUGAGCCUGAGAUUGAAGAAGCUCACGAGCCCAUCAAUAAGCAUUCAGCAUCAGAACCGGCUGCACCGGCCGUCCCGGAACCUACCCCUUCGAAGCCCGUCGAGCUCGCUCCGGUUGCAUAUCCCCCGCCAGUGGCAGCUCCCAAAGCUGUUGAGCCUCCAACCCCCGCUCCAGCUCAAGCUCCAGCUGCGGCUUCUCCUAAGCCCAAGCCCUCGGUACCACCUCCUGUCUCCGGGAAGCCUUCGACAAACUCGUUCAGGGAUCGCAUUGCGGCUUUUAACAAACCCGCAGCUCCUCCGGUCGCGCCCUUCAAACCAAGUGGCUUAGCCGGUACGGGUACAGGUUUUGUUAAGAAGCCGUUUGUGGCUCCUCCCCCAAGCCGGAACGCUUUCAUUCCUCCGCCACAACAAACUCCAACUGCCAAGGUCUACCGACGUGACGAGGACCCCGAAAUCAAGGAACGGGAGGCUGAAACUCAGGGACAAGCCGAGAGGGCUGGACUUGUGCCAACUGAAUCUCAGGGAGGUGAAGAUGAAGAUCAACCUAAGCCUACUAGCCUGAAGGAGCGCAUUGCGCUUCUUCAGAGACAACAGCAGGAGCAAGCAGCGCGGCACGCCGAUGCUGCUGCUAAAAAGGAGAAACCGAAAAAGCCUCAGAAGAAACGGGAGAGCAUCGGGAAUGCUGACGCCCCAGCUGAGGCGGAGGCCUCACCCCAAGAGCCUCAAACUCCUCUUGAGCGCAGAGACACCCAGGAUACCGAGGCCAGAACAUCUACAGAGGAACCUCGGCCAAACCGUAUGCCACCCCCUCCUCGUCGUAAGUCGUCCAAGGGACCUGCGACGGAAUCUGUACAUGAUGGAAAUGAGGCGGACAUGUCUGGCGCUGGCGAUACAACCGAAGGCGUCGACGAUGUGACGGAACGCGAAGAUAGCGAUGGUGUGUCCAAACAAGCACCACAGGCGCCUUCAUUGCCUAUCCAUGCUGGUCCUCCUCCUGAGGCGCCAAGAAAGGAGGGGAGCGACGAAGAGGAAGAGGAAGAGGAAGAGGGAGAAGAGGAGGAGGAAGUUGACCCUGAAGUCAGACGUAAAGAAGAAUUAAGGGCGAGGAUGGCUAAGAUGAGUGGUGGUAUGGGUUUCCAUGGCAUGUUCGGCGCACCUAAGCCUGCGCCUGCACCUCCGCCUAAGAAAAAGAAGGCGCCCCAGCCAGAGCGUACAUCUAUUGACGAGAACAUGGAGGGUUCAUCACCAGCAUCCUAUUCCGCACCUCCAGUCCCUGCCAUGAUGCCUCUUCCUGGCUUUGGUGGCCCAAGUAAGCCAGAGGAGUCAACCAGACCUGAGGCGGAACAUGAGCCAGCUACUCGAGCUCCUCCACCUCCAGUGCCGUCUCAGCCCCCUCGACCUAGGGAGCACGAGGAUGUGGAAGAGGAAGAGAGCGAUACUACACCUGCGCCUCACUCUGCCCCUACAAUUCCUCCACGAGACCCUGCAGGCGCUCCUCCUGUUCCUGGUAAUCGAGGGGCACCACCUCCUGUACCAUCUGAGGCUCGGCCUCCCCCUCCUGCGCCUCCCGCCGAUGUGAGAUCUCAAUCAGAUGGAUCAGAGUCUGGAGAUGAGCUUUCUGGCGGCCGCGAUAGUGAAAGGGAACCCCCCGUGGCUAUAAAUUCCGUCCCUAUGGCUCCGCCGCCAGUUCAACCUCCUCACCUGCCUGCGAGAUCGCCACCACAGUCUCCUACCCGCGAGGAUUUUAGCCCUACGUCUCCUGCAUCCAAUGCUAGUAAUAGAUUAAGUCGACUACCGCCUCCUAUCCCCGGAGCUGCGCCAGCUCUUCCUACUCAAAGCCGACCUCCCCCGCCUCCUCCUCCGGGUGUUCCCCGGCGACAAUCCACCCAGGAUUCGUAUGGACAACCCCCCAGAGGACCUCCUCAGGCUGGUGAGGGGGAAAAUGAAGAACUUACAGAGUAUGAGGGCGAUUACGAUACCGAUAUUGCCUCCUCGGUUCCCCAUAAGGACGCUUUGAAGUCACACGCUCGUGAUUCAAACCUGGAAGACAACACCAUCUUAUCACCAACUUCUGAUGCUCCCCCUAGCUUGCCGCCUCCUAUUCCUGCAGCGGCGCCUCCUAGAGCUGUCCCGCCGCCUGUCCCUUCUCAGCAGCCUACAGAGAUUAAGCGACAGUCCGUCGAUAUACCUCGCGCUGCUCCUCCACCACCUCCGCCUAUGGAGAACAAGCGACAAUCUAUUGACGUGCCACGCGCAGCACCUCCCCCUCCCCCUCCAGUUAUCACCCCACAAGCGCCUCAGUCGUCUCUUCAGGGAGAGGGAUAUGACCAAUACAACUAUUCAUCACCUCCCCCCCCUGGUGGACAUUACUUUUCUCCUAGAACGCCUAAGAUUGAGGAGGAGGCUAUCUUCCCUGGCUCUCCAUCUGUUGCCUCCCCUGUUGAUCGAAGGGUUCCUCCCCCUUCUGUUCCUGCAGGCCGUGCUUCUGGUCGUCAGUCUCUUGAUAUUUCAAGGGCUGCGGCUGGAAACAGAAGAUCCAUGGACAUGCACCGACCAUCGAUGUCGAUGGAGUCAGGUUUUAUUGCCAAUGACUUAGACUUGGCCAUACAAAGCGGCUGGUGGAAGCAGGCUAAUCAAGUGCCACCUGUACUCCAAGGCCGCAAAGACAUAUAUUUUGAAGCUGAAGAGGCGACAUCUACUAAUGGCGGGCAAAAAACAACAAUAACGCGCCAAAUCUUUAUCUUAUAUCAAGAUUAUUCACAAACCUUCUUGACAAUUCGCUACGAUCCUUACGACCCCUCGGAUGUUGAACUCGAGCAACGCCAUGAAUCCCCACCACGUCCGCUCCGCCAGGACCAGAUGGAAGAGUUUUAUGAACGAUUCGGUCGCCACAUUUCGACGGCUGUAGCAUCUAAGAAGGACUCUAUUGUUGCAGACGGUACCCCUCAAGGUCUUGUACUAGAGCUUCUUCGACCCUACAAGGACGCUUUGCCCCCCGUCGGCACUCGUGCUUAUGGCGCCCUUGUCUAUUCCAACAUGGCCAAUGCAUCAACCCAGCAGAACGACGUGAUUCGGGCUGGCGACAUCAUUACCAUCCGCAAUGCGAAGUUUCAAGGCAAGCACGGCCCCAUGCACGCCAAGUAUUCUGCUGAGGUGGGCAAACCCGAUCACGUCGCUGUAGUAUUUGAGUGGGAUGGCACCAAGAAGAAGGUGCGUGCGUGGGAGCAAGGCCGCGAAUCCAAGAAGGUCAAGGUAGAGAGCUUCAAGCUCGAUGACUUGCGAAGCGGAGAGGUCAAGAUCUGGCGCGUCAUGCCUCGAAGCUGGGUUGGUUGGAACAGCCAGUCCUAG